UCAACAGGAAGAAGGAAUUACCAUCAUGACAGAUGCUAGACACGGUUGCAGAAAGAACGCUAAAGACUGUGAUAUAGUUUGCAUUGGUGAAAAAACUCAUCAAGUCUUACAUUCAAUCCAUGUUACAAAGAGAGAUGAUCCCUGUUCACAGCGACAUGAAACAUUUGGCAGUCGCAGAAUGUAUGAUGAUUUUGAGAGGCAAAAUGUGUCUAUUGGUACACACGUUCACGAUUGUAAUGGUGCUGUGAACUGUCUUGUGAGAGAUACUAAGAUAUUUACGGACAACCAAAAUGACUCAUGGCACGCUUGCAUUGGUUUAAAAAGCAAAUUCAAAAUGUUGCGUCAGGGCCUAAGUAUAAGCCUGGUCAAUCAUUGCAUGCUCAACUGGAAGAUAAACCAGAAGCAAUAAGGAAAUUUGCUUAUACAGCCAUGAGAAAUUGUGAUGAGAAUGCAGAAACAUUAAGAUACAUGCUGGCAAAUAUGACUGAACAUUUCCAAAAUAAUCAUCAAAACUGUUUUGAUCAAUCUCGCUGUCGACUAGAUCCAAACUAUGAACCAAGUACAACUGUUGUGAGAAACGAUGUUGCUAUUCGACUAUUAAAUGAUACAAUUAAAAAAAGGCCAAUCUAUAAAAACGCACAUAAUUACACAAAGGUGCUUUUAACAGCAUAUGUUGAACGUUUUAACAAUACACUAAACAUGUUCCAGGAUAAAUGGAUUUACUUGCAAGAUAUUCAAUAUGAAUUUAGCUGUGUUAUACUGGAAUGAGAACGUGGACAGGGCUUAUACAAGCUUGUUCGAAUCAUAAUUUUUUUGGAAAUGCCCAAUUUGAGCUUUGAUCUAAUUUUGCAAUAUUACACUAGAAUAAAAUCGUGAACCAAUAAUUUACAAGUGUCAGUGAACAACAGAAUGGAUCAAAUGCCCCCUUCAGAAAUGGGAAAAUGCUCAACAACC